AUGACUUUGAAAGGGGCAUUGAUACGCAUGGUCGAGUAUUGGUCUCAUUUACCCGGUACAAAGGAGUUACACUGCCCUGUGCAAUUUACGGAGGCUGCAUUGGAGGGCUUCCAUGAUGAAGGGCUGUGGUUCAACCUGAACAAGGUGGUGAAUCAUCGGCGGGACCAAAUCGGUGGUGUAAAUGAAGAUGGUUGGAUCAGUAAUCAACGAUAUGACGAUGCAGUCGAGGAACUUGUUCGGCUCAAAGAGUCCCUUGUGGCAAGCGCAGAAGGAAGCCAGGAUGACAUUCGUCUACUGGAGAAAGGGUGGUUGUUUAGAGAUCGCAAGGAGAUUAACUGA